AUGCCCUCGCCGUGCGAAACGUCCUUCUCGUCGUCGCCCGAGCUCCAGCCCUCGCCGGAACCACGCCGGCUGCUCGAGCUCGAGCUCAUGCACCGCUGGUCGACGCACACCUACCUCAUCAUGACAUGCCACCCCGAAGAGUACCCCCUCAUGCAGAACGUCAUGCCGCGCGAGGGGCUCCGCCAUGAUUUCAUCCUGCGCAUCAUGUUCGCCCUGACGUCCCUCGACCUCGCCGUCAACGUCGCCCAGACCGAGGCCGACGCCGCCUCGUACGUCCGCAGCGCCCUCGCCUACCACGACACCGCCACGUCGGCCCUCCACCGCCACGUCGGCGCGCGCACAGCGCACCACGACCGAGACUGGCUCACGCACGUCGCCAUCGCCGCCCACGCCGCCUACCACCUCGCCGUCUUCAGCACGACGCGCGCCGGCGGCACGGCCAGGAGCCGCGUGGCCUCCAUCUUCGCCCUCUGGUCGCAGGCCGCCACGUCCGGCGGCGGCGGCGGCGGCGCCACCGCCGCCGCGGGCCUCGACGCCCUGCUCGCCGCGAGCCCCGCCACCGCCCUGCAGAGCCUCCUCCGCCUGCCCGCGAGCAUCGACGCCUGCGACGCCGCGACGCGCGCGCCCCUCGCCCGCCUCUACGCCGUCAACGACGCCCUGCACGAGCCUGCCGCCUACUACCCCGACAGCCAGAAGCCCGCACGUGCGGCCCUCCUCCACGCCGAGCUCCUCCACGCCGAGCAGCAGCAGCCGCCGCUCUCCCGGCACGAGAUGUACCGGCGCGCCGUGUUUCAUCUGGGCGCGUGCUUCGCCGAGGACGCGACGGGGCUGCUGCCGGGGUACUGCGCCUCGUUUCCGAGCCUCGCCGGGCCCGGGUUCGCGGCGGCCGUCGGCGGCGGCGAGCCCAUGGCGCUGCUGGUCGUCAUGCACUGGGGCGUGCUGCUGCACAGGAUGGGGCUGCGGUGCUGGUGGGCCGCCGGCGUCGGGGCGUGUCUCGUGGCCGAGCUGUCCGAGGCGCUGCCCGAGACGGAGCUGGCCUUUUUGCCGGCGGCACAGGAGGGGAUGGCGUGGGCGCGGGGCGAGGUCGGGCUGGCGGUCUGGGGGGCCUGGGACCCUGCGAUGAGUGCCAGUAUUGGGCUGUCGUAG